UCUUCUGGACACGCUCCAACGCUUGUCCAUCAUAUCGAUCAGAUGAGGCUAUAAAUGAGCAAGCAGCUUGCUAAGCUGGGUCAUCAUCGGUGACAUACAACAUACACCUGCAUAUAUUAUAUUAUAUACAGAGAAGAAAACAUUUUAUUACAAGCUCAGCAAACCCAUCAUGGCCGACCAGGUAGAGAGCAAGCAGCCUGCUCCCGGGGGCGAAACUGAGCAGCUGAAGCAGCUGCACUCUCGAGUGGAGAAGCUGUGUGAUGACAUCGACAAGGAGGUCGACAGCGAUCUGCCUGGUAGGGACAAUCUGGCCAGAAUCUCUGAUGUCCUCAAAGUGAUCAAGGACAAGAUCACACCGACCGAAGACGGUGGCGACGUCAGCGCCGCCACCAAGGAGCAGCAGCUUCUCCCCCUGAGCAAGAGGGAGGAGCUGUUCAACCUGCUGCCCUCCAUCGAGCGCGCAUUGGCAUUUCAGCAACAGCAACGCAAGCAGGCACCAGGGGAGCAAGGCCAAGGCGACAAGACGAGGCUGCCGUCGGCGACCGGCUGCAACCCCUUCAAGCCCCGGUCGUCACAGCGGCAAAGCGAGCAGCAGCGGCGGGAGGAGGAGGAAGACGAGGUGGUGUCGCUGAAGCUGCUUCUCCGGCUGACCCAGAACGUGCUGGAGCCGGAGCAGUACUACGAGUGGACGACGAGCUACGUGGACGAGAGCAGAAUCUACGGCUGGGACAAGGAGGCCAACGAGCUGGCGGAGGCGCUCGUCGCCCCCGACGACGGCGAGAGCCUGUUCCGGGCGGCGGGCAUUGCUGGCGUCCACGGCAGCGGCAAGACGGCGCUGGCGCAGAAGGUGUUCGUGCACGACAAGGCCAAGGACAACUUCGCCAUCCGGCUCUGGGUCUGCGUCGGACCACCGGACUCCGAGGACCGCUUCGGCCUCCUCUACCGGAUGCUCGACAACCUCGGCCUCGACACCGCCAAGGUCGAGGUCAUCGUCGACAACUCCAACGCCGUCAAGCCGCACCGGGAUGACGCGGUGGCCAGGAUCCGCAGCGACACAGCCAAAGUCGCCAGCAUCAAGGAGGCCGCCGAGAAGGUCCGCCGCGCCCGACAAGCCCAGGAGCAGACCGACAAGCAGAAGCCCGACGACGGCGACGUCAAAGAUGACACGAAGGAAGGACAGGCGGCGGACGACAGCAUCUUCAAUCAGCUGCUCAAGGAGGCGGCUGAUGAGAGCCCUGACGUCCAGAAAUCCAAAAUCGGUGUGCUGCUGUACAUCCUCCACACGACCCUGUCCAAGACGUCGUACAUGAUCGUGUUCGACGACAUCCGGGCGUACGGCGACGACGGGUGGUACAGCAACCUGGCGCUGGCGCCGCCGCCGGAGGGCGAGUGGGGGGACCGCCUCGGCUACGGCCUGCCCAAGGGCAACCACAGGGGCGCCGUGCUCCUCACCUGCCGCAACGAGGACCACGCCAGGUCCAUGGUGCGCACCGGCCGCGUCGUCCGCCCGCCAAGGCUCGAGCUCGACGACGCAUGGAAGCUCUUCAGGAGGGAGUACGACCAGGCCAAGGAAGCCAAGCGCAGCAGCAACAAAGGCGGCGACGACGACAAGCUGCUCAAGGAUCUGGAGCAGAUGCAGAAGGAGAUCGUCAACAAGUGCCUCGGCCUGCCGGUGGCCAUCGCCGAGGCGGCCAAGGGCUUCGCCGACCUCGAACCCUUGCCGGAUGCUCCUCCACCUAAGGCGGAAGCUAAUAAACCUGCAGUGGUUGAUCAGACAGGUAUUGGUAGCAACAAGGACAUGCAGCCUGCUGCUGGAGGAGGAGAAUCAAAGGAUGCUGCUGAUGAUGGCGAGUCUCAAGAUUGACAGUCAAAUAUAGCUACAAGCUAGCCUGUUACAAGUCUACAACGUAACUGUUUUGGCUGUAUCUGCAUGCUUUUGUGUGAAUUUCUUUGAUUGCUUUUAUAUGGACUGUGGACUGAUAAUCGUGGAUUCUUUUUUAUAUAUAUAUUUGCUAUUUAUCCGCUCCAGAUUUUUGAGAGAA